AUGUCGGGAGCGUACAGAGACACGCUGGACCCAGUCUUCAACGACCUGAGGAGCCGCCACGAGAACACGCGACAUACGGCGGCGAAUCGCCUGCUCGAACACACGAAUGCUGCCUUUAGGGAACUGCAGCCGACGCAGUUCGCCGCCUACUACAAUGAAGUCAACUCGCGCAUGGUCGCCAUGAUCCUCAGUGGGAACGAUAGCAACGAACGCAUCGGAGGAUUGUAUGCCCUGAACGCCUUGAUCGACUUCAAGGGCGACGAUGCGGCGCAGAAGGUCACCAAGUUCAGCAACUACAUCAAGAGGACGCUGGAGGGCAACGACAAUGUGGCCAUGACCGUGGCUGCCAAGUGCUUGGGACGACUAGCCACACCUGGAGGAGCGUUGACUGCUGAGCUGGUGGAGGCCGAGGUGAAGCACGCGCUGGAAUGGCUCACCUCGGAGCGGAACGAGAACAGACGCUUCGCCGCGGUCCUCAUUCUGCGAGAGCUGGCGCGCAACAGCUCGACGCUGCUCUACAUGUACAUCCCCGGCAUACUGGUCAGCAUUUGGGAAGGCCUGAGAGAUCAAAAGGUCGUCAUACGAGAGACAUCUGCUGAGGUCGUCUCCAAAUGCUUCACCAUCCUGUCAGCUCGCGACCCACAGCAGCGACUGACAUGUCUGACCCGCAUGUUCGAAGGUGCUCAGGACGGCUUCCGACGAGGUACUGUGGAGUGCAUACAUGGGUCCCUGCUGGUGUACAAGGAGUUGCUUAUAGCAGGAGGCAUGUUCAUGCACGGCACCAAGUACAAGGAUGCAUGCGAGCGCGUCCUCAUACAGCAGUAUCGCGAACACAGAGAUCCCACCAUUCGCCGGACGGUGGUCGAGAUUUUUCCACUCCUCGCUGCCUACGCACCCAAAGAGUUUUGCCACAACUACCUCGCACGUUCUAUGCAGCAUCUGCAGACUCUUCUCAAGGACCCGAAGCAGAGAAAUAUGGCCUUUGCUGCCAUUGGUAAGAUUGCCCACGCAGUAGGAUCACAGAUCGCACCAUAUCUUGAUACCAUCCUUUUGCACAUCCGCGAUGCUCUGUCAGUCAAGAAUCGCACGAAGCAUUCCGAUGAGGCGCCUAUUUUCGAAUGCAUCAGCAUGAUUUCGAUAGCGGUCGGGCAGACGUUGAGCAAGUACAUGGAAGCACUGCUAGAUCCCAUCUUUGCGUGCGGUCUGUCCGAUGGCUUGACGCAGGCCCUGGUCGAUAUGGCUCACUACAUUCCGCCUGUCAAGCCUACCAUUCAGGAGAAGCUUCUCGACCUUCUCAGUCGUACACUGUGUGGGCAGCCUUUUCAGACAUUGGGACAUCCCACGCAGGGCAAGGGCUUGCCUCCCAUCUUCACGAAGGAGUGGCGCGAUCAAAAGGACCCACAGCACCAGGAGCACAAGGACCAGGAGAUUGCAUUGGCUCUACACACGCUCGGCUCAUUUGACUUCAGCGGCCACGUACUGAACGAAUUCGUGCGAGAUGUUGCCAUCCGAUAUGUGGAGGACGACGAUUCGACAAUUCGCAAAGCCGCUGCACUGACCUGCUGUCAGCUGUUUGUGAAGGACCCCAUCGUACAUCAGACCAGCCACCACGCCAUACAAGUCGUGUCCGACGUUAUCGAAAAGCUUCUCACGGUCGGCGUGGCAGAUCCACACCCAGACAUCCGUCAGACUGUGCUUACCAGUCUCGAUGCACGCUUCGACAGGCACCUGGCCAAAGCUGAGAACGUUCGAACACUUUUCCUAGCCUUGAACGACGAGAAGUUCUCGAUUCGAGAAGCAGCCAUGACGAUCAUCGGUCGUUUGACUGCUGUCAAUCCUGCUUACGUCUUUCCUUCGCUCCGUAAGGUGCUUAUCCAGCUACUGACUGAGAUUGAGUAUUCCAAUAACCCGAAUAACAAGCGGGAAUCGGCACAGCUCAUCAGUCAUCUGGUUACUGCAAGCAGCAAGCUUAUCAAGCCCUACGUCGAUCCCAUGGUCACGGUCCUCCUUCCCAAAGCCGAGGACAGUAAUGCCGAUGUUGCUGCCACUACACUGAAAGCCAUUGGCGAUCUUGCAAGCGUUGGCGGGGAUGAAAUGGUCAAGUACAUCCCAGAGCUCAUGAAGAUCAUCCUGCGCAGUCUUCAGGACUUGGCCUCACCCAAGAAGCGAGAAGCAGCAUUGUGUACUCUUGGACAGCUUGCCAGCAACAGCGGCUAUGUCAUCGACCCCUUCCUGGACCAUCCUGACUUGUUGACUAUCCUCGUGAACAUCGUCAAGAAUGAGCCACCUGGCGACUUGAGGCGCGAGACCAUUCGCCUGAUGGGUAUACUCGGAGCACUGGAUCCCUACAAGCACCAACAAGUCAUUGAAGAGUCCCCAGAAUCGAAUCUAAGAGCCGAGGCCGAGGCUGAGUCGGAUGUUACUCUGAUCAUGAAAGGCAUCACGCCGAGCAAUGAGGACUACUAUCCGACUGUCGUCAUCAACACUCUCAUGAACAUGCUGAAGGAGGAUACUCUCAAGCAAUAUCACUCUGGCGUGGUAGAGGCAGUCAUGAACAUAUACGCCACUAUGGGGAUGAAGUGCGUGCCCUUCCUGGGUACAGUUGUUCCUGGCAUUGUCGGCGUGCUGAAAGAUGCCUCAUCGGACAACCGCCUCGAGGGCUACUUCAAUCAGCUUAGUCUACUGGUCAAGAUCGUUCGACAGCACAUUCGCCCCCACCUCAAAGUCAUUCUCGGCGCCAUCAGCGAUCACUGGUAUAAGAGCACUCAGCUGCAAGCCACGAUACUCAGUUUGAUCGAGAGCAUAGCUAGAAGCUUGGAAGGCGAAUUCAAGGUGUACCUGGCGGACGUUCUACCUCUUAUGCUGGGAGUUCUUGAUGCCGACAACCGCACAGAAGCAGGCCGCGCGGCUUGCCAGCGAGUUCUUCACGCCUUUCUGGUCUUCGGUGCCAGCGCCGAAGAGUACAUGCAUCUCAUCAUACCGGUCAUUGUACGUAUGUUUGACACCACAGACGGCCGAUUCCGACACAGAGAUGUGCGAAGAGCAGCGCUCGAGACCGUUGGUCGCUUGAGCAAGCAGGUCAAUAUCUCCGAGUUCGCCGCAAAGAUCAUCCACCCGUUGUCGCGUGUGCUGCAAGGCAACGAUGCAACACUGAAGCCGGUCGCUAUGGAGUCACUGUGCGCACUGGUCUUCCAGCUAGGCCAGGACUAUCUGCAUUUUGUGCCAACCAUCGAGAAGGUCUUACAGCAGCAGCGCAUCAACAACACGGCAUACAACCUCAUCAUCACCAAGCUCAAGAAGCACGAAGCACUACCGCAGGACCUGAGUCCGGAUGAGCGCUACGGGGAUGAGGAUGACGAUCAAUAUCCUACCGAGAUUGCCACCAAGAAGCUCGCCGUCAACCAGCAGCAUCUAAAGAAUGCUUGGGAGGCGAAUCAGAAAUCGACCAAGGAGGAUUGGGUGGAGUGGAUGCGACGCUUCUCGGUCGAGUUGCUGAGGGAAAGCCCACAGCAGGCGCUCAGGGCCUGCACGAACCUGGCAAGCAUCUAUGCCCCAUUGGCGCGUAGUCUGUUCAACAGUGCCUUCGUGAGCUGCUGGACAGAGCUUUACGAUCAGUACCAAGAAGAGCUCGUCCGCUCGAUCGAGACUGCACUUACUAGCCCUGCCAUUCCUCCCGAGAUUCUGCAGAUUCUACUCAACCUAGCAGAGUUCAUGGAGCAUGAUGACAAGGCACUACCCAUCGACGUCCGAACUCUUGGAAUGUAUGCCGGCAAGUGCCAUGCAUUUGCUAAAGCUCUUCAUUACAAAGAGCUGGAGUUCAACGCCGAGCAGAAUGCAAGUGCGGUAGAGGCUCUGAUCUCCAUCAACAACCAACUCCAGCAGACUGAUGCAGCGUUUGGCAUCCUUAGAAAGGCGCAAGGCUACAACGACGUCGAUCUGAAGGAGACUUGGUUCGAGAAGCUACAACGUUGGGAAGAGGCCCUUAUGGCCUACCAAGCUCGUGAAGAGAACGAGGGAGGACCGCACCACGCCUCCUUCGAGGUCAUCAUGGGCAAGAUGCGUUGUCUACAUGCUCUAGGAGAAUGGGAUACCUUGUCUCAGAUCGCGCAGGACAAGUGGGGCUCUGCAUCGCCCGAGAACAAGCGACACAUAGCUCCACUGGCUGCAGCCGCUGCCUGGGGCAUGGGGCAAUGGGACAUCAUGGACGAUUAUCUUGGCGCCAUGAAGGCUCAUACUCCUGAUCGAAGCUUUUUCGGUGCUAUUCUCGCCAUCCACAGGAAUCACUUCGACGAUGCUCACAUGCACAUCAACAAGGCGCGAGACGGACUAGACACUGAACUGAGCGCUUUGCUUGGCGAAAGCUAUACUCGUGCAUAUAGCGUCAUUGUGCGCGUGCAGAUGCUGGCCGAGCUGGAGGAAAUCAUUUCCUACAAGCAGCAUUCCAACGACCCCGACAAGCAAGAACGCAUGCGGGCGACCUGGACAAAGCGUCUACGCGGCUGCCAGCGUAAUGUCGAGGUAUGGCAGCGCAACCUCAAGGUCCGCGCCCUGGUCAUCACACCCCAAGAAAAUGUCGAGAUGUACAUCAAGUUCGCAUCGAUUUGCCGAAAAGCCGGACGAAACGGUCUUGCCGAGAAGAGCUUGAACAGUUUGCUUGGCAGCUCAGGAAGCAUAGGAACCCUCCUGUCUGACCCAGAGAACUGGAGCAAGGUCAAGAGUGCACCGUACCCUGUCCAGUAUGCUACUUUCAAGUUCCUCUGGAGUAACGACCAGCAUGACGCAGCGCUUUCUGCACUGCGUGAGUUCACUGGCCGCCUCAAGAGUGAAUAUCAGGAGCGCAACGCCGCUGCUAUGGCUGCAGCACCAACUAUCAAUGGCGCCGGACAUGUUUCGCUUCUCAACAACAGCGCUAAUGGUGUGAGUGGUCUGCAUAGCAAUGGACCGUUCGGACCUGCCAACAGCCACCAGAUCUCACCAAGGGAGAAGGCUGAGCUGGAUGAGUGGAAGAUGCUACUUGCGCGUUGCUACCUCAAGCAAGGUGACUGGCAGGUCAAGCUUCAUGGCGGCGAUUGGUCUUCUGAUCACGUUCAAGACGUACUCCAGGCGUACUAUUCUGCCACCAAAUACAACGAGAACUGGUACAAGGCAUGGCAUGCUUGGGCUCUUUCCAACUUCGAAGUCGUUACUUCGAUGACUGCAGCCGAGGGCAGAGAUCAAGCAGAUGUGCCGCAAUACGUCGUGUCAGAACAUGUGGUGCCGGCCGUCAAGGGUUUCUUCAAGAGCAUUGCUUUAAGCUCGACGAGCUCGUUGCAAGACACAUUGCGUCUGCUGACUCUAUGGUUUGCUCAUGGCGCUCACCAAGAAGUCACACACGCUGUCGUUCAAGGUAUUGCAACCGUCAGUGUGGAUACAUGGCUCGAGGUCAUCCCUCAGUUGAUUGCUAGAAUCAAUCAGCCGAAUCGGCUGGUCCGCGAGAGUAUUCACAACUUGCUUGUCGAUAUAGGACGGGCACAUCCUCAAGCUUUGGUCUAUCCGUUGACUGUUAGCAUGAAGAGCGAUGUGACUGGUCGUAGUAGGUCUGCGGGUCGCAUCAUGGAGGCAAUGAGGCAGCAUUCUCCGAAGCUAGUUGAGCAAGCCAGUCUGGUCAGUCAUGAGCUUAUCAGGAUCGCGGUUCUCUGGCACGAGCAGUGGCACGAAGGUCUCGAGGAGGCGUCUCGACUGUAUUUUGGCGAUCACAACAUCCAAGGCAUGCUUGCCACGCUCGAACCUCUGCAUGAGAUGUUGCGCAAAGGUCCGGAAACACUUCGCGAGAUCUCCUUCAUCCAGUCAUUCGGCCGUGACCUCAACGAAGCUAGGGAUUGGUGUGAGGCAUACAAGAGCACGAAUGAGAUUGGCGACCUCAAUCAGGCGUGGGACCUGUACUAUGGCGUGUUCAAGAGGAUUGCACGGCAGCUCCCACAGCUGAUGAGUCUCGAGCUCCAGUACGUUUCACCAGAGCUCAAGAAUGCUCACGACCUGGUUAUGGCCAUUCCCGGGACAUACCAAUCUGGAAAGCCUGUGAUCAGCAUCCAGAGCUUUGAUCCUGUUGCAACCGUCAUCUCGUCCAAGCAGCGGCCUCGUAAAUUGACGAUGCGAGGUAGUGAUGGCGUCAAGUACGACUUCAUCAUCAAGGGACACGAGGACAUCCGACAGGAUGAGAGAGUCAUGCAGCUCUUUGGCCUUGUCAACACCUUGCUCUCCACAGACCCAGAGUGUCUCAAGCGCCAUCUUAACAUUCAACGCUACGCUUGCAUUCCUCUGUCAACAUCGGCUGGUCUGCUCGGAUGGGUGCCAAACUCCGAUACACUGCACGUGCUGAUCAGGGAAUACCGCGAGAGUCGCAAGAUUCUGCUCAACAUUGAACAUCGGAUCAUGUUGCAGAUGGCUCCUGACUACGAUAACCUCACACUAAUGCAGAAGGUCGAAGUCUUUGGCUACGCACUCGACAACACCACCGGCCAGGAUUUGUACCGAGUCUUAUGGCUGAAGAGCAAGUCUUCUGAAGCAUGGCUGGACCGCAGGACCAACUACACACGCUCCCUAGGUGUCAUGUCCAUGGUCGGCUACAUUCUUGGUCUCGGUGAUCGUCACCCCAGCAAUCUCAUGCUCGACCGCAUCACUGGCAAGAUCGUGCACAUCGAUUUCGGUGACUGUUUCGAGGUCGCCAUGCAUCGCGAGAAGUACCCUGAGCGUGUUCCGUUCCGUCUGACUCGAAUGUUGACCUUCGCCAUGGAGGUUAGUAACAUCGAAGGCUCCUUCAGGACAACCUGCGAGCACGUCAUGCGCCUUCUUCGCGGCAACAAAGAGAGCUUGAUGGCUGUGCUGGAAGCCUUCAUCCACGAUCCACUUCUGACGUGGCGCCUCGGCACCCGCGAGUCACCUCCAGAGCCCUCCUUCCCAUCUGAACGCCGCACAUCUAUCAUGGGAGCCCCCGGAGCCGAUCCUGUCACGGCACGUCGUCCUUCGGUCAUGGGCGGCGAUCCGAAUGCUCCACCAGGAGACAGACCGAACAAUUCAUACCGACCGAAUCGCCGCGUCAGCACGAUUCCCGGCCUCAAUGGACACCAUGACCCGGCCGAGAAAGAAGUGCAGAACGCUCGUGCGCUACAGGUCCUCAGCAGAGUGAAAGAGAAGCUGACUGGACGCGACUUCAAGAAGGAGACCGAGCUCACUAUUAUCGAACAAGUGGAGCGACUUCUUAGCGAAGCGACCAAUCUGGAGAACCUGUGCCAGCACUACAUAGGAUGGUGCAGCUUCUGGUAG